UCUCCCUCACUCUCCGCUUUCAUCUCUAAUCUAUGUCCUGGAUCCAAAAUCUCAGACACUCCGGCUCUUUUGAAGUGUUGACUUCCUUGAAUUCUAUGUUCUGUUUGGUGACAAUCUGUGGAACUUAUGUUUGCUUCUGUGUAGAGGGAAGAAAGAAGAAUUAAUAGUUUACUCUGUUUAGUGGUUCUUGUUGAAGCAAAGAAAUGUCGAACAUAGAUAUUGAAGGGAUACUGAAGGAGCUACCAAACGAUGGGAGGAUCCCAAAGACCAAGAUCGUUUGCACUCUAGGACCAGCUUCUCGCACUGUCCCCAUGAUCGAAAAGCUUCUCAGAGCCGGUAUGAACGUCGCUCGAUUCAACUUCUCACAUGGCAGCCACGAAUAUCACCAAGGCACACUCGACAACCUCCGCACCGCUAUGCAAAACACAGGCAUUCUCGCUGCUGUCAUGCUUGACACAAAGGGGCCUGAGAUUCGUACUGGUUUCUUGAAAGAUGGGAACCCUAUACAGCUCAAGGAAGGUCAGGAGAUUACUAUCACCACUGACUAUGACAUCCUAGGAGAUGAGACGACUAUCUCCAUGAGCUACAAGAAGCUUCCCUUGGAUGUGAAGCCAGGAAACACCAUCCUCUGUGCAGAUGGAAGCAUAAGUCUAGCUGUCCUGUCAUGUGACCCCGAGUCUGGAACUGUCAGGUGCCGGUGUGAAAACACGGCGAUGCUUGGCGAGAGAAAGAACGUGAAUCUCCCUGGUGUUGUUGUUGAUCUUCCCACUCUGACUGAGAAGGACAUUGAAGAUAUCAUGGGUUGGGGUGUUCCAAACAGCAUCGAUAUGAUUGCGCUUUCCUUUGUCCGUAAAGGCUCAGAUCUUGUUAAUGUCCGGAGGGUUCUUGGUUCUCAUGCUAAAAGCAUUAUGUUGAUGUCAAAGGUUGAGAAUCAGGAAGGAGUGGUUAACUUUGAUGAGAUACUGCGUGAAACAGAUGCGUUCAUGGUUGCUCGUGGUGAUCUCGGGAUGGAGAUUCCCAUAGAGAAGAUCUUCCUGGCUCAAAAGCUGAUGAUCUACAAGUGCAACCUUGCAGGCAAACCAGUGGUCACAGCCACUCAGAUGCUUGAGUCGAUGAUCAAAUCACCAAGGCCAACACGUGCCGAAGCCACUGACGUUGCAAACGCCGUCCUCGACGGCACAGACUGCGUGAUGCUCAGCGGAGAGAGUGCAGCAGGUGCUUAUCCUGAGAUAGCCGUGAAAGUCAUGGCUAAGAUCUGCAUCGAAGCAGAGAGCUCGCUGGACUACAACACGAUCUUCAAAGAGAGGAUCAGAGCAACUCCGGUUCCAAUGAGCCCGUUGGAGAGUCUUGCAUCGUCAGCUGUGAGGGCUGCAAACAAGUCUCAUGCGAAGCUCAUCAUUGUACUGACUCGUGGAGGGUCGACAGCUAAGCUUGUGGCUAAAUACAGACCGGCUGUUCCGAUUCUGUCGGUGGCUGUCCCAACUAUGACUACUGAUUCCUUUGACUGGAGUUGUAGUGACGAGUCGCCUGCAAGGCACAGUUUGAUAUACAGAGGUUUGAUCCCUAUGCUGGCUGAAGGAUCAGCAAAGGCGACGGAUAUAGAGUCCACUGAGGUUAUCAUUGAAGCCGCUUUGAAGUCAGCUGUGCAGAGAGGACUGUGCAACCAUGGUGAUGCAGUCGUGGCGCUGCACCGUAUUGGAGUCGCCUCGGUUAUUAAGAUCUGUGUGGUGAAGUAAAAGAAAUAAAGAAUGGCUUCUUGGUGGCUCUUUUAUGAUUGUUGGUAAUCAUAACUGAGAGUUAAAGCUUCGUUGCUUGAAAUAAAGAAAAACAAUUUAAUAAUGUUAAGACAUCUCUCUCUCUCACUCUUGUCUUUUUGAUGUAAUAAGAUAAGACUGUUUCUUUGCAUAAGCUUUGCUUAUAAAAAGAUUAAUUAAGCUUCAA